AUGUCACUUUUCAAGAAAGAAGUCGAUCGAUUGACAAAUGCGGGUAUUUGGAAACCUGUGAAGUUUUCCCAAUGGGCUUCGCCUAUUGUACUAGCUCCAAAAGCUGAUGGUUCCAUAAGAAUUUGUGGGGAUUUUAAACAAGCAGUCAAUGCGCAAAUUGACAUUGAACAAUAUCCUUUGCCCAUACGCGAAAGUCUUUUCCAUAAAAUUCAUUGCGGUCAACAUUUUACAAAAAUCGACCUUAAGGAUGCGUAUUUACAAAUGGAACUCGACGAUGAAGCAAAAACAAUAAUGGUUGUCAACACUCCACUUGGGUUAUUCCAAUACCAACGUUUACCGUUUGGAAUUGCAAGCACUCCAGCUAUAUUCCAAAGAUAUCUUGAGCAGUUACUUCAAGGCGUAGAAGGUUGCGGAAAUUAUCUCGAUGACAUUAUCAUCUCCGCACCUACAUUUCAACAACACAUCAGCCGCCUAGAACAAGAAGAUUUACCGUUGGUUCUAGCUACAGAUGCCUCCUCCUAUGGCAUAGGAAUCGUGCUCUCGCAUACGUACGUUGACGGUACAGAAAGGCCUAUUGCUUUUGCAUCUAAAACUCUCGACAUUCAUCAACGACGAUAUAGUCAGAUAGAGAAGGAAGGGCUAGCUAUCGUUUUUGGAGUCAAGCGUUUCCAUCAAUAUUUAUACGGAAGAAGAUUCACAUUGGUUACUGACCACAAACCUCUUGUUAGCAUUUUUAAUCCAAUUCAUCAGUUGCCGUCGAUGACGUCACAUCGUUUACAGCGAUGGGCUAUUAUACUAAUGGCUUAUCAGUAUGAUGUUCGGUAUCGUAAAACUACUGAGCAUGGAAAUGCCGAUGCUUUAUCUCGUGUACCUGUUGGUGAAGAUAAAAUUUUUGAUCAUGAAGAAUCCUGUUUCAACAUCAAUGAACUUAACACACCUAUCGACGCUGAAAUAAUUCGUCAGCAUGCCAAACAUGACCCAAUUCUUCGCCGAACGGAGUACAACCGGGUUGUCAUUCCAGCCUCCCUUAAGCAGAAAGUUCUUAAACUUCUUCAUGAUGGUCAUUGGGGAGUAUCGAGAAUGAAACAGCUAGCUCGACAACAUGUCUGGUGGACUAAUAUUGACAAAGACAUCGCACAAUUAACUGAAAAUUGUGAUGUGUGCAAAAUUGCAAAUCCUGUUCACGCACGUGAAUACGUAAGCUGGCCUGAAGCUGAUCGACCUUGGGAGAGAGUACAUAUCGACUUUGCUGGUCCAUUUUGUAAUUCAAUGUGGCUAAUUUGUGUCGACGCUUUCUCGCAAUUUCCGUUCGUUGUACAACUAUCUACAACAACAACGGUUGACACCAUAUCAGCAUUGUCUUGUAUAUUUUCUCUGGAAGGUAUACCAGAAACCAUCGUAAGUGACAAUGGUCCGCAAUUUACAGCUGAAGCAUUCAAACAUUUUUGCUCAAAACUUGGCAUCAAACAUAUAACAACAGCGCCGUUUCAUCCAGCCUCAAGCGGGUUAGCCGAACGAUUCGUCAGAUCUUUUAAAACUGCUGUUCAGAAAAACAUUGACGAUGGAUUGUCUCUCAAAUUCGCUAUAUCAAAAUAUCUUGCAACAUAUCGUGCAAUGCCGAAUGCUGAGGGUAAAUCACCUGCAGAACUUUUACAUGGAAGGCCUGUUCGUACCUUGUUGAGUCAACUGUUUGAAUCGCCUAGGAAGCACCUUGAAGCUUCGAAACGGAAAAUGAAAUUCAGUCUAAAGCAACCCGUCUUCGCUCGAAACUACGCAAGAGGGGAAAAAUGGAUAAAAGGAGUUAUUGUGAAACAACUUGAUAAAAUGGUUUACCGAGUGAACACAUCUUUUGGUUACAUCAAACGUCACGUUAAUCAGCUUAAAACUAGAAGUAGCUCUGACCUCUCUUCACAACCAAUUUUUGAAUUCGCUCCAAAUUUCAUCAAUGCCACACCGCCUUCAUCUAGCCAAUCAACAUUAAUGCCUAAUGAAGAACGUUCAACCGAAGUAGUUCAACUUCGAAAAAGUGGUCGUAUUCGGAAGGAU